AUGGCCAAACCCAGCAUACCAUUGUACACAAACGAGCCUUUGCCCGAAGCAUUGGCUCUAGACCUGCAAGAUGAGAAGGAAAAGCACAUACCCGACAACAAGUUUGCUUUCUCCCCAGGCCAACUGAAUAAGCUUCUGAAUCCAAAAUCCCUCUCUGCUUUCCACGCGAUGGGUGGGCUUCAAGGUCUUGAGUACGGACUGCAAACCGAUUUAACGGCAGGUUUGUCGGCGGAUGAGUCUACACUGUUGGGUUAUGCCACAUUUGGGCAGAUCCGUGAAAUUGCCGGGUCAAGCAAGAAUAACUCUCCGGAAUACUUCACAGGCGCUUCAAUGUCGCUAUCCGGGACGCCACCAUUGCCGUUCUCGGAUAGAAGGCGAGUUUUUGGGUGUAAUGUCGUCCCCGAGGCCAGAAGAAAGAGUUUUCUGAGACUUCUCUGGGAUGCCUAUAACGACAAAAUCCUUAUUCUCCUGACCAUUGCAGCUGUCGUGUCUUUAUCCCUUGGAAUAUACGAAGCAGCAAGUGGACAAUCUCAGGUAGACUGGAUUGAGGGGGUUGCCGUGUGCGUUGCGAUCCUGAUAGUAGUUGGGGUAACGGCGGGGAAUGACUGGCAGAAAGCGAAGCAAUUUGCGAAGUUGAACAGGCGGAAAUCUGAUCGCCAAGUGAAGGUGGUACGAUCCGGGAAGACCGUCCUGGUCCAUAGCAGCGAAUUAAACGUGGGGGACGUUGUGUAUCUCGAGGCUGGGGAUUCUGCUCCCUGCGACGGCGUGGUUAUAACAAACCAUGGAAUCAAAUGCGACGAAUCGUCAACAACCGGCGAGUCGGACCAGGUUGAGAAAGUCAGCGGGACUGAAGCGUGGACUGGACUCAGUAGUGGCGGACCGUGUGAGGAGUUGGAUCCUUUUAUAAUAUCCGGAAGUAAGGUUCUUGAAGGGCUGGGAACAUACCUGGUCACCAGUGUCGGAACUCAUUCAACGUAUGGCAAAAUCCUGAGUGUCUUGGGGACUGACUCCGACCCCACCCCGCUGCAGGUAAAGCUGAGUCGCCUAGCAAACUGGAUAGGAUGGUUUGGAUUGAGUGCGGCUUUGCUGUUAUUUGUGGUCCUCUUCAUCCGUUUUCUAGUUCAGCUCCGUGGAAAUGACGCUACGCCUGCGGAGAAAGGCCAGAAUUUCAUGGAUAUUUUGAUAGUAGCGGUUACCGUAAUCGUCGUUGCAAUACCUGAGGGUCUCCCACUUGCAGUAACGUUAGCAUUGGCAUUUGCGACAGCUCGUAUGCUGAAGGAGAACAACCUUGUGCGGCUGUUACGAGCAUGCGAAACCAUGGGCAACGCCACAGUUAUAUGUUCUGAUAAAACAGGAACCCUCACAAAGAACAAGAUGACCGUAGUUGCAGGUUUGCUCAGCACUCAUGAGCUGUUCGGGGAGCUACCCGCGGGUUCCCCCCUACACAAAAGAACAGCUACUGUUUCGGAAGCUUUGCAGAAGUUCGGAGGUGCCUUUAGGGAACUGCUUUGCGCGAGUGUCACUCGCAACUCUACUGCGUUUGAGUUGCAAACUGACAGUGGAAAGGAGUUCAGUGGAAACAAGACAGAGGUAGCUCUCCUUCAGUUUGCGGAGAGUCACCUUGGUAUGACAAGCCUCGCCGAAGAACAAGCAAACAUGCAAUUAACCCAUGUGUACCCGUUCAAUUCUAUCCGCAAAGCGAUGGCGGUGGUGUACAAGACAUCAACUGGGUAUCGAUUGCUCGUGAAGGGGGCGGCCGAGCUUGUACUUCGGUCUUCCACAGAAGUGGUGUUGGCGCAUAAAUCAAGUACAGACAUGAUUGAUAAAGCGCAAAUACGAGAGGAGGAUCACCGGGCAAUAUCCGACAUGACUGCCAAGUUUGCGGAAACGGGCCUGCGGACCAUAGGAGUAGCCUAUCGGGACUUUGACGUCUGGCCUCCCGAGCAAAAUAACGGCCUCGAGACCAAUCCAACGGGGUUCGAAUCGGUUGUCCAUGAUCUGACAUGGAUUGGAGUACUUGGGAUUCACGACCCACUGAGACCGGAAGUUGCGGAAGCGAUUCGGACAUGUCAUGCUGCUGGAAUCCAGGUGAAGAUGGUGACUGGUGACAAUCUCGGCACCGCUCGAGCAAUUGCCACAUCGUGCGGCAUAAAAUCCGAAGAUGGGUUGAUAAUGGAAGGGUCUGUUUUUCGGAAACUGGGAGAAAGCGAAUUAGACGACGUACUUCCACGACUCCAGGUCCUAGCGCGGUCAUCCCCGGACGACAAGCAGCUCCUCGUUGAACGUCUAAGAUGUCUUGGGGAAAUCGUUGCCGUCACUGGCGAUGGGACCAACGAUGGUCCAGCUCUCAAGUCGGCCGACGUGGGUUUCUCGAUGGGGAUGACUGGUACCGAAGUAGCCAGAGAAGCCAGCUCCAUAGUCCUUCUCGAUGAUAGCUUCAAAUCUAUUGUGACGGCGAUUGCUUGGGGGCGGUCAGUUAACGAUGCUGUCGCCAAGUUCCUACAGGCAUGCUUCACAUCCUGGCAGCCUUCUUUGAACGAUUGA